AUGAGCGACCGAUUAACCCAUCAGGAUAUCCAAACUGUUCCAAGCGGUGUAGGGUCGAGUGCACCAUCAGGACCACCGGUUGAUUUAUUUUCGUAUUUCGGAAUAAUCUGUGAGAACAGUAUCUGGUACGCGACGAAGUAUCCGUUCGGAAUUGAAUAUUUUGCCAAUAAUAAUAAAGCUAAAUACUUUGGGGGUCCAGAAGAGUUCAAUGGGAAGAAAUCGAAAAUAGUUCGGUAUGCGUGGUAA